ACUAACAUCCCUCUCGCGUCGCGCUUAGUUGAUCUGUACAUAGAAGCAUCUGACAUGAGCAGUGAAUUGAUCUCGUGUCUUCUGACUGAAAUCUGAUACGCGUGCGACAUCCGCCGCAGCAAACGCUGCCAUCCAUUGCUUCUGUGUUCACGCAACUCGGCGAGCGUUCCGAGAUUGACCACUGCCAGCAUGUCUACCUUUCACUAUAUGCUACGAUUCGCCACGCGAUCAUGUCCCGCACUACGACAAAGUACAAAUACCAUCCGGCCUUCGCUGAACAUCAACUCUCCGAGACUCUACGCAACCGGAUCAACUAAGCGGCUGAUAGACGCGAAAUCCCUAUCCUUCGCGCGGCCGACCCCUUUCGCCCACCGUCUCAACAAGCUCAUAGCCCAAUCCAAACCAUUCCGAAGAUCGUACAGCAGUCCCAACGGCCAUGGCAAUAUGCCCGCGUCCUACAAGUCCGCCAAACGCGCUGUCCGGACACUAAUACUCAUCAACACUGGAGUCUUCCUUACCUGGGCCUAUGCAGGCGGCCAAGCUCGUCAAACCAACGACACCAAACUUCUGCAAUCACUCGUCCGAAACUUCAUGCUUACCGAAGAGAAUCUCGCGCAGGGGCGCUACCACACCCUGAUCACAUCAGCCUUCUCCCACAGCAACUUCUGGCAUUUUGGUAUCAACAUGUUCGCGCUCUGGACCUUCGGCGGCCUACUCGCCUACAUGCCAGCCAUUGGCGCAAGACAUAUUUACCUCCUCGCGCUGACCAGCAGCUUCGCCUCUUCCUCAGCAUGGCUCAUCCACCGACGCUCCAAGGCAGCCCCGGCGCCAACGACCACCACCAAAUCCUGGAAUCCCUUCUCCUCCGCUUCUUCGCAAAGGCAGACACGAACCAUCGAGGCGCUCCUGGGGGCGUCCGGGUUUGUAAUGGCAACCGCUUCAUUGUCAGCCUGCAUCAUGCCAUUCGCGCCGAUGAUGAUGAUGGGCGUCGUGCCCAUGCCACUAUAUGCCGUGGCAUUGGCGUACGCCGCACUGGAUUUGUAUAUGUUAGAUAGUGGAACUAGUCGGACGGCCCAUUCGGCGCAUUUGGGUGGCCUCGCAUUUGGCAUUGUGUAUUACUUGGUGUUGCUGAGGAAGAAAGGUGGAGUCUGGCAGUUGAUUAGUAGCAGGAGAAGGUAAGAGGAGAAACGAGUAUAGCAAUCCCCAGUAUUUGCUUG